AUGACGACGAGGUAUACGGAUGAGGAGUGGGAGGGCAUUAUCCAGGAGACGGAGAAGGGAGUGCUUGUGGAUGAGGGGAGAGGGUAUCCUCUGCCCCACGGUGGGGUGGGAGGGGAGGGGUUUACGAAGACGAUUGAUCAUACGUUGUUAAAAUUGGAUGCGAAAGGGAAUCAGUUCGACGAUCUUUGUGCUGAGGCAAGGGUUAAUAAGUUUGCGACCGUCUGCGUCCGACCGCAAUGGGUUUCGAAAUGCGUAAACGACCUCAAAGGCAGCGACAUCCGCGUCGCCAGCGUGAUAGGUUUCCACGAGGGCACGCACGACCUGUCGACCAAAGUCCAAGAACUCCGCGACUCGCUCGAGAGCGGCGCUCUAGAGCUCGACGUCGUAAUCAACUGGCCGGAACUAAAGGCCAAGAAGUACUCCUCAAUCUACAACGAGCUGGCAACUCUGCGAACACAAGCCCCACAUCCAGUCCUGCUGAAACUCAUCCUCGAGACCUCGCAAUUGGAUAGACAUCAAAUCAUAGCCGGCUGCGUCCUCGCCGGCGCCGCACACUUCGACUUUGUCAAGACCUCGACUGGCUUCAACGGUCCUGGCGCAAGCGUGGAGAACGUGCGUCUCAUGGCAGCAUGCUGCGAGAGACUGGCUGUGAAGGCCCAGGACGGCAACCCACGGCAGAUGAGCGUCAAGGCUAGCGGAGGUAUCAGAACGCUAGACGAUGCUUUGAAGAUGUUCGAGGCGGGAGCGAGCCGGCUGGGCACGAGUGGAGGGGUGUGGAUUGCGAAGGAGGCGAAGCAGCAGGCUGGUGGUGGAGGGGAGAGUAAUGGAGAGAGGCCUGGGAUGACUACGAGGCUUUUCACUGACUAUUGA